GCAUCCCAGCCACCCAGCACCGCAAACAUCGCGUAACCUACAGGUACCAGUGACCUCAUUUCCCGCCUCAGGACAACACCACUGAAACCAGAGCCUGCUGGCGCAACUCCCAAACGGCUUUGGCCUGUCACAGGCAGAAUCAGCGCCCAAGGUGUUUUCCUCUGGAUCUUCGACAAAAUCCGCCCAACGCCUGUUGCCUGCCUCCCCCCUUCUCCCGUACCAAAAUCAUCGCCAGUUUGCCGCAUAGCCUCUCGCCUGUCUGGUUUUUGAUCCGCCGUUCGCCUUAUUCUUCUGCAGCACCCGACGCAUCUCUGCGACCGAUCUUCAAAAACACCGCCCCCCUCUACUGUCUCGUUUUAACGCCUCUCCGCCCCUCCUAAGCUUCACAGCUUCCUCGACUUUCUUCACCUUUCAUAACCUCCUUACGCCGAGGUCCCUUAUAACAUUCGACCAUGGCUGUGGUUGCUACCAUCAAGUGCGUCGUCGUUGGCGACGGUGCUGUCGGCAAGACGUGUUUGCUCAUCAGCUACACAACCAACAAGUUCCCCUCCGAAUAUGUCCCUACAGUGUUUGAUAACUAUGCUGUUACAGUCAUGAUUGGUGACGAGCCCUACACUCUCGGUCUCUUCGAUACUGCCGGUCAAGAAGAUUACGAUAGACUGCGACCUCUUUCAUACCCCCAGACCGAUGUCUUUCUUGUUUGCUUUAGCGUCACAUCGCCGGCGUCUUUUGAAAACGUCAGAGAAAAGUGGUUUCCCGAGGUACAUCACCACUGUCCCGGUGUUCCCUGCCUGAUUGUCGGAACGCAGGUUGAUUUGCGUGAUGACCCCAGCGUCAGAGAGAAGCUUCAGAAGCAAAAGAUGAUGCCCGUUCGAAGAGAGGAUGGCGAGCGCAUGGCUAAGGAACUAGGCGCCGUUAAGUAUGUUGAGUGCAGUGCCCUCACCCAAUUUAAGCUGAAAGACGUCUUCGACGAGGCCAUCGUCGCCGCCCUGGAGCCACCUGCCCCGAAGAAGAAGUCGCACAAGUGUCUCAUUCUAUAAAUAGCAGGUUUCGUAUACACUGUUCCAUGGGUCUUAUAUAUCGAUGCGUGGAAGACCGCAGAUUUGUCUGCAAAACAGGGGGACACUUGGAACGACAUGUUCGUAUUGAACAAAACCGAUGAUGGAACUGCGAUGGGUGAAUAACAGCGGAUGAGUAUGGGACAGGCGAUGCUUAGCCCAUGUUAGGGUACAGCAUCAAGCACAGCGAAGUGAGAUGUCGGGUUAACUUGGCCCGCAUUGAAGAAGGAGCAGCGUUGCAUACGAUUUACUUUUUCUAGGAUUCUGCUGUUGACAGCCAGGAUUGGCUUUGUGUCUACCCUUGGCGGACAUUAUGACGGCAUAGAAGCGCCAUCAUGUAGCUGGGAGGUUAAGGAUGAGCGUGCGGUUGGCAAAUUACGGCCCAUGGCUGCCGUUGAUUCUCAAGACGGACAUGUUCAUAAAGCUAAGGUGAAGCCAUUGCGAUAGGAUCGUUUUACUUUCUGUUUUUUACUGUUUUAGGCGAUUGGAGUGCAAAUUUGAUUCUAGACUAUACUGUACACACUUUAAAGAUUGCGGUUCAGUGCCAUAGUUCGUUUGAAAGGUGGUUGUUAAUGAAGUUGGGUGUGUCAGCCAAUUCUUUGAGGCCGCAAUGUCCUGUUUUUGUCUGUGUGCCACAAACUGAAACAACUAGUUUAACUAUAACAACAGCAACUUUAUGCAAUUGGAGUACGAUUUUCGCACAUUCAAUAGAAUCCUUUUUUUCCCCUUGUUAAGCGACGUCUGCUAUGCAAAUCGGCAAACAAGCUGCUGCCAAGACGUGCCCCCAACUAACCCCCACAACCGAUCCCCA